AUGGAUGAGGCCAAGCGGAAGGUGGAGAGUCUCAUACAAGUCUUCAAGGAAGGUGGUUUUCCUCUCGGAAAGUGGAAAACUAACGUUCCGGAGAUAGCGGAUUUCAUCAGACGGGCGACUAAGGACGAUAACCCGGAAAUUCUGUGUCAGCAGACCAAUUCCGAAUUUCUGGGGGUCUCCUGGAAUCAGGUCUCAGACACCCUGUUCAUCGACACUUCCGAGGUCGAAGGGUUUCUGAGCAAGGGCCCACAUACGAAGAGAAAUCUUCUCAGGAAUUUGAGCCAAAUCUACGAUCCCCCAGGGCUUCUGGCUUGCGUAUCCAUAAACUUCAAGACACUCACGCGAGUUUUGUGGGCCAAGAAGUUCGACUGGGAUACGAGACUGGAGGGAGAAGUUCUGACGGACUAUCUCUCUGCUGUGGAGAAACUCAGCGUGGCGCCGCUAAUUCAGAUCUCUCGCCCCAUGUUCGGCUUCGAGCCGUCGCGAGCGUCAAGGGAACUGCAUGUCUUCGCGGACUCUUCACUUAGAGCGUACGGAGCGGUCGCCUAUCUCAAGGAGAUUCCCACAGAUUCUUCUCCAGCGCUGGUGUCGUUCCUAAUGGCGAAAGCCAGGGUCGGCCCCUUAAAAGGCAGGUGGACGAUUCAUCGCCUAGAGCUCAUGGCUGCACUCAUUGCAGCGAAACUGGCGCGGCGCAUCUCAGAAAACAUCGUCGAGGGUGUCUCAAAGGUGUAUCUUUAUUCCGACAACUCCUCGGUGUUGGGUUGGUUGCGAGAUUCACCGGAACGCUGGAAACCGUUCGUGGCCAACCGAAAUCGUGAAAUUCGAUCCAUCACCCACUUGAGCUCGUUCAGCUAUGUGCGAUCGGAAGAUAAUCCGGCGGAUUUUUAG